AUGAAUAAAACAAUGGAGGCAGAGGUCAGACGUCGCUCAUUGAGACGCAGUCAAAACAAACAAAACAUUGAAAUAGCAGAUGUCCAUUCCCCACCAGCCCAACACAGCGAAAAAAGGCUUCCUAAUAAGGGGUCCCAGCAGAGCAGUUCAAUGCUAAACCAGCACAAUAACGAUAACAAAGAUGAGCGGCAAUGUCUUGAGUGUUCACAGAAAGAAGCUGCAGAAAGAAAACUGCUAGAGAUGGAGAAAAACAAACCAGCUGAGGUUAACAUUAAAGAUGGAGGGCAGAUGCCCAAGACUGAGAACCAGAAUUCCCCAGCAGUGUCGCCUGGGUACAAUAUGGGUUACCGGAUGAGCAGUCCAAAGACAAAACCCCAGUCUACAGGAGUCACAUCGGAAAGCUCAAAUGGUCUUCAUAGAGCUUUCGUCUUGAAAGUGGACUGCUUUACAACAUUUCUCUUGGCCAUAACAAUUGGUAUAAUCUCUGGAUUGAUUUACUGGAACGUGCUUCAAGGAUGUCAGCAGAAGAAUCUCUGGUUUUGGCUUAAACUUCUUCCAGCAACUAUUAUUCUGCUGUUUAUAAUUGACUGGUGUGAGAACAACUGCAAAAAAUUCCCACUGAACUUAAUUUUACCAUUGAUGAUUACCAUUAUCGAAGGCCUGGUGCUUGCAGUGGUUUCGUCCUGCUUUGCUGCCAUGACGGUAAUGCAGGCUGGAGGAAUAACAGCAUUUGUGACUUUGAUGCUGUCUUGGGUUGCUCUAAAGUCAAAACUGAAUGUCACUCGUGAAGCUGUGCCCUCCUGGAUUGUGGUCUCAGGAAAUUUGUUAAUCUCUAAAAUGCCAAAAGUACUCCUGCGCUUUUUGCGGAUACAGAUUAACAUGGCUGCUACUUUAAAACCUGUCUCAGUGCUGGUCAUCGUUGGAAUUUUCUGUAUCCUUGACAAAUCACCUACACUACAACUAAGUUAUGCUUUGGCUGGAACGCUGACCUUUGCAAUUCAUUUGAUGAUGACACAAGUUAGGAUCAGAAGAGAACCCACAAAGGAUCAAGAACCCAUUGAUUAUGUCCUUGCAGCACUGAAUCUCUACCUAGACAUUGUAACCCUUUUCUUCUUUAUUCUGCAGUUUAUGGAGGUCAACUGUUAG